ACCGGGCUCGUGCUGAUGCGCUCGCGCUGAUAAAAACUCGAUUUCCCGCAAAAAUCCGAGAAAGCGAGAGCGGGUUGUAUGUCAUCUCCGGAGCCCGGCGGCCAAUCAGGGCGCCGCAUUCUCUCAGCGCGUCUCCUAUUGGCUGACCGCUGACUACCACUCUGUUGUUCAGUACAAAUUGAAGGAAACCGAACCGACAAUAAAUUAGCAGGCAGAGAAUCAUUAAUCUGAUUUAAAUAAUUAAACACUCGGAACCUUCCUCCCGACGUUAACCCGCGCGUGUGGCGGCUGGAUGCGCGCGAGGACGGAGGAGCGGGGAGCUCACGCGCACGGCAGUUUGUUUUCCAGUGAGCCAUGCUAGCAGCGCUAGCCGCCUAGCCGCGUCCCGUCGCCUCCUCUUCACCUCCUCCAUGGGCUCCUGCUGCUGAGGCUGCCGGGCUCGGUGCUGGAGGCAGCGAGGCGGACUGAUUGAUGCCAUCGGCCAGGAACUCAGGUCAUAUUAUGAGUGGGGCGAGUUGUAAAGCUAACGGCGCCGUGUACCCCGCCUCAUCAGCGAUGAUGAACUCUGUGAAGAAGCCGAAGAUGGAGCAGAUCCAGGCCGACCAUGAGCUCUUCCUACAGGCCUUUGAAAAACCAACUCAGAUUUACAGAUUUCUCCGCACAAGGAACUUGAUUGCACCCAUAUUUUUGCACAGGACGCUCACCUUCAUGUCUCACAGAAACGGUAGAACAAACGCCAGAAGGAAAGUAUUCAAAGUGGACGAUAUGUUGCAGACAGUGGAGAAGAUGAAGGGAGAGCAGGAUUCUCCGAGUUUGUCUUCACAUCUACAGUUAACCUUCACUGGGUUCUUCCAUAAGGAUGAAAAGCCAUCUCAGAAUUCAGAAAAUGAACAAAACUCCGUGUCCUUAGAGGUGCUACUUGUCAAAGUCUGCCAUAAAAAACGCAAGGAUGUCAGCUGCCCGAUUAAGCAAGUGCCUACAGGUAAAAAGCAGGUGCCUUUGAAUCCAGACAGUAACCAAACCAAGCCCGGCUCCUACCCUUCCCUACUGGUCUCCAGCAACGAGUUUGAGCCCAGCAACAGCCACAUGGUCAAGUCCUAUUCGCUCCUGUUCAGGGUGUCACGCACAGGGAGGAGGGAUACUAACGGUCUGGUCAACGGAGAGGCCAACGAAAACAUCGAUGUAACAGAUACUCCGAGUAGAAAGAAGAGAAGUUCAUCUCACAGAGAGGAGGGAGAGACCACAGAGACCUAUGUUGCACAGAUGACUGUCUUUGAUAAGAACAGGAGGUUGCAGCUGCUGGAUGGGGAGUACGAAGUGUCCAUGCAAGGGAUGGAGGACAGCCCCGUCAGCAAGAAGCGAGCUACGUGGGAAACCAUUCUCGAUGGAAAGAGACUGCCACCGUUUGAGACGUUUUCUCAGGGACCCACAUUGCAGUUCAUGCUGCGUUGGACAGGCGAUGCUAGCGGGAAGUCCACCGCCCCCGUGGCCAAACCCCUCGCUACCCGCAACUCGGACAGCUCUGGCCCCAUGGAGACCAGGACCAGCAACCACCGAGCUGCCCUCAUGACAGUGAAAGAGUCAGUCAGCACAGACAUUCAGACGAGGAAAGAGCAGGUCCCAUGUGAGCCGCGGCAGAAGCUCCGUAUAUUUUAUCAGUUCUUGUACAACAAUAACACACGGCAGCAAACCGAGGCGAGAGAUGAUCUUCACUGUCCCUGGUGUACGCUGAACUGCAGCAAACUCUACAGCCUGCUCAAACACCUCAAACUCUCCCAUUCCCGCUUCAUCUUCAACUAUGUGCCUCACCCCAAAGGAGCAAGGAUAGACGUGUCCAUCAAUGAGUGCUAUGACGGCUCGUACGUCGGAAACCCUCAGGACAUCCACAGCCAGCCCGGCUUCGCUUUCAGCCGCAACGGCCCCGUCAAGAGGACCGCCGUGACCCACAUACUGGUCUGCAGGCCCAAGAGGACCAAGCCAAGUCUGUCGGAGUUCCUGGAGACUGAGGAUGGAGAGUUGGAGCAGCAGAGGACUUACGUCAGCGGACACAACCGCCUGUACUUCCACAGCGACAGCUGCAUGCCUCUGCGGCCGCAGGAGAUGGAGCUGGACAGCGAGGACGAGAGAGAUCCAGAGUGGCUCCGAGAGAAGACGGCCACGCAACUGGAUGAGUUCACAGACGUCAACGAGGGAGAGAAGGAAGUGAUGAAGCUGUGGAACCUGCACGUCAUGAAGCACGGUUUCAUAGCGGACAACCAGAUGAAUCAGGCCAUCAUGCUUUUCGCCGAGAACCGCGGCGCUCACAUCAUCCGCCGCAACCUCUGCCGCAACUUCCUCCUGCAUCUAGUCAGCAUGCACGACUUCAAUCUGGUGAGCACGGCCACCAUCGACCGCGCCAUGGCCCGCCUGCGACAGAUCCAAGAGGAGCUGCCGGACGUGGAGGAGGAGCAGCAGGACCAGACUCUGGUAUCAGCGGGAGCCUGCAACGGCAUCGCCGUCGCCUCCACCGGGGGCAAACAGGGCAAGAGGACAAAAAGCGCACUAACGGACUGAUGAUGGAUGGAUAGAACAAUGAUUGUCGUCUGUUUUUGUUUUGAUUAUUUUUCUUCUUCAAUGAACAUUACCGACCCUUUGGUGCUUAGAUAGGUGGGCGAGCAGGUCACCGGAGGAUCUGACCUGGAGCAGACCAGUAUACAAGGUAAAAACAAGUUUUUGGAACUUGAGAAUUGAACCAAAUAUGAACAAUAUAAAAGUGAAAUCACACACAUCUUCACAAACCAGGAAUCUGAAGACUGGAUGAUGCAAGUUGAACCUACUUAAUAUGCAUUUUGUAGGCGCCGCUGACGUAUCGGUGUUUGGGAGUUUAGUGUGAACAGUCUUCUGACGUGGCUCGACGGUCUUUGGUUUGUCCUUGUUGUAGACAACUGUAUCAAGACUACAGUUAAAACUGUACUGGUAACAUUGUCACUUGAUUAUUUGUACACACACAAUAACCUUGUUGAGAACUUAUCCUUUUAGCUGAUUAUUUUAGCACUUGGUGUUUGUAUUUAGAGAGCUUACCUUGAAAUUGUCUUUUUUGUUUUGUUUUUUUAUUCAUGCUGCGCCAAAUGUUAAAUGCAGCUUUUCCACUGUCACCAGUGGAGAAACUUUAGUGGGUUUGAUUUCACUGUUGUGAAUGACAUUUAAUUUGAAGGGUCAGACAGUUAAGAGAACAUUACAGGAAAACAUCUACACUCGGAGUCCAUGUCUAAAGUAUAACGCGGGGAGGGCGAUAGGUAUUCAACGUCAAUUAUUUUUGUUCAUUAAACAUAUUUUCAAUCCAGAUUUUCACGUGACAUCGAGACCAGACUUUGAUAUUAACUUAAUGAAACUUUACAGAUAGAGAAAUCGUAACGUGCAGAUCCAUAAAACACUAAACCUGCUGAUUCCAGGUUGAUUAGAAUAAACGAUGUUCCUUUAAGCGUCACUGUUAUCCAUAACUAGUGAAAGGAACGUAACGCAAUCAUUGACCAAACAAAGAGUAGGCCAAGAGCCGAGGAGGACUCGAAGAACUUUAGAAAGUCCUGGAAGCCGUAGGUGCAGUCCAUGCAUGAUCAGCAACUGGAGAUUAUUAGAACAAAAAUCUGGCAACAAUACGACGUGCCGUGUUCAGAAGAUACGUGGCUUUGGAGAUGGAAGCAUCAGUACGCCCCACUGUUGGGAAGACGGCGCUAAAAUCACUAAACACUUGUAUCUAUUAAAACAUCAACCAACCACACACAAGAUCUCCAGAGUAGACAGAGACCCAAAGACCGCUCAAAGAACCUUUUGAGUUUAGAGUUUGAAGCAUCAACAAUCCGCAGACUUGAGCCCAGAACAACAUUAACGGAAAGAUGAAGGGCGCUUUCACACCAGAGCCAUUUGAUCCGCUUUAAACGGGCCAGAGUUUUCUUCCUCGGAUAGUCCGGUUCAUUUGGGCAGGUGCGGUCCAAACAAGCCAAUUCUGGCCUGCCAGAAAACGUGGUACAUGAACCCGGUUCGCUUACAGUGGGAAAGCAAACGAACCAAAGCUCAGAAAGACGGUGCUCGUUUUUUGGGCAGUACCGCCCCCACACGAGCAGGACGUCGUCCAGGCGGUUUGGUGUGAAAGCGACAGAUUCACCUGUGUGGAAGAACCACCUGAAUACUUGUUCAGAGAUGAAGUGCGUUCAAGUAUUACAUAAGUUUUACGUUAGAAAAUACUCUGAAUGUUACGACUUCUUUUAUCUGUGUGGUUUUAUUGAGUUAACACCAAAGUCUGGUCUGAGUUCCACGUGAACGGCUGCGUUGGAAACACGUUUUCAUUGACGUGUUGAACUCUCGUGUUAGUACCCACAUUGGAUUGUGGGUUUUGCUGGUCGGCUGCCAUGACAACAGUGUUCAUACUGUAAACGCCGAGGAUCCUGGACAAGAGAAUAAAAAUCUCACACACUCCCACUCUUUCAUCACCCCGAAGCCUUUUCGGCCUGCAUUGAUCACAGCUCAAGGAAAGCCAGGGAACUCAACUUUCUGAAGAUUUACCGAGACAACCAGCAGCGCAUCACCUCGUGUACGGCGUAAGAGCGCAUCGCAUUUGAGAUGUAUAAAAGUCAGUCGUCUUCUGACGAUACUGGGACUUGUAGUUUUUUCACUUUGAGGUUUGAACAUGUUACAAUGUGAAACAUGUUUGUUUGUUUUUUUAAACGUGGGGUCUGAGUAUCAGUAGCUGACUGACAGAAAUGUGUAUACAUGUAAUCACAUCAUAUGUUUAGCUGUGCCCCGUUCUGAAACCAAUAACUCACAGAUGACAACGUGCUUCUUUAUCGGAUGGUUGGUUAUUCAGGUCCAAGUCCGUUUGUCUGUCCUGUUAGGUCCAGUUUAUGCCAAAGGGGAAUCUUUUCAUCGGUCUCUUUUAGUUCUGUAUUUUUGUUUUUAGUGUCUUUUCUUUUGUUUCAUUCCAUGACGAGUUUUUAAAGCCGCAGCAGCAGGAAUCGUGUUUUGUAGCGUGCACAUGAAUUGGAGGUCAUUCAUAUUUUCAUCAGACUUCCCUUGUGGACAACCAAAUUAACAAUAUUUCAUCAUCAUGGAGGGUUUCUGCAGUCAUCCGAACAAAGGGAGACGACGUCUUCAGCGUCACUGUCAAAACACCCUGUUAAAAAUUGUGAACUGUACACUCUGGCUAAGGGGAUUUUUAUAUUUAAAGAAAUAAAAUACAUUUGACCUUA